CCGAACUCGGAUUCUACCCGCGCGAACCUGCCCCCCCACCGACCACCCCAGGUGGAGUCACCCCUGCAUGGACAAACAAACCCGCCCUUGACGAGCCUGGAUAGGAGAGCUGGCCUACUUGAAGAAAGGAGCAAUCUGGGAACGGCCGGUGGAGAUGCGGGAUCCAAACCCGAACCUCCCUUCUUCACAACUUUGCCAAAAGAGAUGGAUCGAAGAAGCCCGGACUCGGUGGGCAAUCUGCGGUUGCCUUCGACAGACCCAAUCACAAGCCAAACGCAGACCGGACAUCAAGCACAACCAAUUCAUGAGAUUGAAUUGAGCAAUGGCACAGAUGACCAUCAGUCUUCACCCGCUGAGAAUAACGUCUCCGCCACAAGUUUCAAUGGUCUGGAUGGCACAUCCCUUGAGAUGAAUCAUGCCCCGGCAGAUGCGCGACCUAGCGCCGGCCAGGGCUUGGCAAUUGACGAGUUGGGCCAGCUAUCUCUGCCAGCAGAUGAUGGAAUGAGCUUAUUGAGAAAUAAAAUACAUGCGAUACAACGCCAAGAACUCAGGAAUAGCGAGAAGGCCCGAAAAAUUCAUGACUUGAUGACAGAAAGCUACAAUUCCUCCCGCCCACUACCGCCGCAUUCUCCGACCAUGUCCUCCCCCAUUAUUGAGGCUUCUAAAAUUACGACCUCUCCGGCAGGAAGACCCUCCGCGAAGUCGACUAUCAUGCACUCGCCCACAUCCACCCCUGAACAGGACACCCACUUCUUGCUAACCCCCGAAGAUCUGCAACCGACCUACGUCCCCAAGCUCGAAUCCGAAUCAGCCGCAGCGGAAGCAGCUGAAACAGCUGAGUUGGCUGAUGAGGAUCCGGAUACAGAAGAGCUCGAUGAAGCGAUACUCGGCUGUGAACACUAUAUGCGCAACGUCAAACUUCAAUGUUUUACUUGCAAGAAAUGGUAUACAUGUCGCUUCUGCCAUGACGCACAUGAGGAUCAUAAUCUGGUUCGUCGGGAUACUGAGAACAUGCUGUGUAUGCUGUGUGGACACGCGCAACCGGCAGCACAGAAUUGCCGACACUGUGAAGAGCAAAGCGCCCAAUAUUACUGCGAUAUAUGCAAAUUGUGGGACAAUGACAGCAAGAAAAGUAUCUACCAUUGCAACGAUUGCGGCAUUUGUCGGAUUGGCCAGGGACUUGGAAGGGACUUCUUUCACUGCAAGGUAUGCUCCCCCCCCUCCCCAUCCUUUCCACAUUCUAUCGCUUACGAGAGGCUUAGACAUGUUGUCAAAACAAUCACCAACAUGGAGUCGACUUUCCGGAAUUUGGAUCGUACGAUUGAAGGGCAGCCCAUGCCAGCUGAGUUCAAGGAUACCAAGGGUCUCAUCUAUUGUAACGAUUGUGGGGCCAAAUCAAUCGUGAAGUACCACUGGCUGGGCUUGAAAUGCGACUUGUGUGAAUCAUACAACACAGCUCAAAUCCGGUUGUUGCAAGGGGACGCAUACAGCUUGCUCGAAGAAGAAAGGCUAAGGGACGAAUCAUCCCAAUAUCAGUCACCACAAACUGCGAAUGAAGAACCAGUGACAUCGCUGGCAUCUUUGCAUCUGAGCACAAGCCCAAUUCACCAAUCACAUCUUGACGUACCGGUGUCUGCUGGAUCUGACCGACGCUUUGUAUCCUACAAUAUGACUCAUGGCCGAGCAAUCUCACCCGUGGUCGGUAACUACUUUGGUUUGCCUCCUGAGCGCGAGUCCGAAAGGCCAAGCUCCUUGCCCUUCUUCGGGAAAACCGGUCCGUCUAACAAUAGUGAAUACGGAGCACUCAACUUUCUCAGCAAGAAACUUCGUGAUCGUUAUGGGUUCCUCGCCGGAGAUGCCGCAGCAGCUGAUGGGAUAUCGGAAGCCGAAGAGGAAGAUGAUGCCGAGUCUUCAGAAAGCUCAGUCCCCGACGAGGACGACGGUGAUGAAGAAGAAGAUGAUGAUGAUGAUGAGGAUGAGGAUGAGGUGGACCAUUUGGACAUUUUUGGUCAUCGAUGA